GUCCUGGCCCGUUUAAUCAUCCCUAGUCAUACAUUCAGCCAUGAAUUGUAUUAGUAAGAUUGAUUCGAGGGUAGGAGAUAUAUUAGAGCCCAAAAUCCAAAUUCCUCCUAGAUAAUAGAAGAAAGAUAGAAUAUGCCACUGCAUAUUCCUCUGUAUUUUCAAACUCAAGAUUUGGUGCAAUUCAUAUCAUAUUCUUUCCUAGUUAUCAAUGGUAGAUUUCGUCAAAACGAAAUCGCAAACUUCCUAUUAUUCUCAAAUUACUAAAGUUUCAAAUUCUUUGUAACUCAAAUAAUGUAUAAGCGCUCAUAAUAAAUCAUAUAAGUAUGUGUGUAUGGGGUUAGGAGAAAACAACCAUCCAAAAAGAAAUAAUAAUUGUCUUAGUAUGUUUGGGAUGAAGUUUUUCGUUUUAGCCGUUUUUGCGUUAAGUUGUGUUGCAAAGCCUACAACUAGAGAAUUAUAUGAAGAAGAUUUGAAAUUAGAGAGACAACUUAAGCUUAUAAAUAAACCAUCUGUUAAGACAGUCAAGGUUCGUGCUUUACUUUAUUUUUAUUCAUAUAUUUUUGUACAUAUAUAACUUUUCAGUUAUUAUUUUUCUUCUAUAAAACCUCACUGUUUUUUUUGUUUUUGUUGUAUUUAUGUUUUUCAGACUGAAUAUGGUGAUAUCUAUGAUUGUAUAGAUUUUUACAAACAACCUGCGUUUGAUCAUGCCCUCUUGAAGAGCCAUGAGUUUCAUCCUGAAAUGAGACCAAGCAACAUGAAUGGACUAGAGGAAGUUGAAAAAGAAGAAGAGAAAGAAGAAGGUGACAAUGAAAUAGAAGUUGAAUGCCCACAUGGCACAGUCCCAAUAAGAAAAACUACCAAAGAAGAUCUUAUCAGACAAAAGACAUUCAACCAAAUGUUUGACUCAAAUGUUCAUCCUCUAACCAAUUCCGAACCGGGUUUACAUUAUGCAGGAAACAGAGUCAUAAGUAAGUACGUAGAUAUGGAUUUUGCAGGAGGAUUUGCUCAUUUCAGUUUAUACCAAACUCCAAUGGUUCAUCAACUUCAAUUCUCUUCUGGUUUAAUAAAAGUUUCCAACGGUACAGAUUUCAUCAAGGCUGGUUGGACGGUUAACCCUACGCUUUAUGGAGACAAUCGUUGCCGAAAAUUUGCAUAUUUCCAUACACGUGACCAACACUGUUUCAAUACGAACUGCCCCGGUUUUGUGAUAGUGAACAACAAUAGUCCUCUUGAUUAUGCAUUUCCCAAAGUCUCAGAGAUCGCUGUGCGAAUAAUGGAAUGUAGAUUUUACAUUUACCGAGAUCCACAAAAUGGAAACUGGUGGUUAUUCACUGGAAAAGGAAAGAAACAAAAGGCUCUUGGUUUUUGGCCAGCUAAACUAUUCACUGAUUUAGCAUACAAUGCAGACCAAGUUUAUUGGGGUGGCGAAUUGUUCACAAUUCCAAACUCAAUGACUAGUCCGAUGGGAAAUGGACUACUAAUUAAGCACGUAGAUGAUCCGCGACUUUAUGCAUAUGCUCGUGAUUGCUCGGUAGUAGAUGCUAAAACACAGAAAGUCAUUGGUGUGGCAGACGUGAAUAGUGAGGAAGUAACUGAUUUUGAUGGGUGGUAUGGGAGAAGAAAGGCACACAUUGAAAAAUAUUGGGGGCAUACUAUAAUGUUUGGUGGCCCUGCAAAACUAAUUAAAGGUAAUUAAUAAGGAAAAAAGUUUGUUUGACUUUAGUUUAUCAGUUUAUUAUGAAAAUAAAUUUUAUAAAUUUUAUUUUAGUUAUUGGAUUUAUCAUUUGUCAAACAUAUUUUUGUGUUAACAUACUUUUUAUUGAAAA